CGGAGGAGAGGAGCACCGGAGCUUUGUGUCGCUGAACCCGGAGAGACAGAGAGCUCACAGGCGCAAGGACAGACCCGGAUCCCCGCGCCACAUCCAGGAUUUACUCUCAGAGGGGGGGUGAGAGUAGCUGGACGCACCGCAGAGCCACAUCUAACCCUACCCGUGCGUAAUGGAGAGCCCGGAGCUGUCAGACUCCCGGUGCUGAAGCACUUCCUGCCCGGGGUUUCUCUGAGCGCUUUUCCACGCGCCUGCUGCAUCCAGAUGAACUCGCGGGGAUGAGCCCGGAAUGCGCUUCCUGCUUCAACGUUUGCACAUCUGGAGGCUCAGAGCCCUGCAGCGGGAGCCUCUGCGCGCCGUGGAGGAGCUAAUACAGGUCUAACCCGCGGAGGGGGUGGGGGCGGAGAGAAACUGCCACUGGGUCUCAGCUGCGUGUAGGGCUGCAGGAGGGAGAGGGCUUUUUUGGCACAGGGGAGUGAGUAGAGAGCAGCAGAACUCCUGUUCCACAACUACAGGAUCCGUUGAGAGCGAUAAGGACACACAGAUGAAGGCUGGAGAGGUCUGUCAGUAGAGGAGCCCCCCCCACCCCAGACCCUCAGGAGAACCUCAGGGUUUCUGUGGGAUGUUCCUGCUGGACGGCGCCUCUGACAGGAUGGAGCGUCAGAGGAAGACGGUGUACCGGAUCUCCCUCACCUUAGUGAAGAGGGAGAGCCUGGACCAGGACGAGCCCCCGGCGGAAGGGGGGGGCCAGCAGAGGCUCCUGGAGCAGCUGCAGGAGGUGGAGGACGAGCAGGAGGAGCUCUCUAAUGGCGUCAUGAGGAACUUCAGGACCUUCAGUACCGGCCAGCUGGAGCUGGGGAGGCUGAAGAUCGCCAGGAAGCUGCGACUGGGGAAGGAGAAGGAGACCCCCCCCAGACAGAUAGAGACCCCCCCCACAAAGAUGGACUGUCAGCAGGGGGAGUACAGGCUGAAGGAGUGCUCAGCGGAGAGGAAGCUCCUAAAGGCGAGGAGCGUGGAGGAGAGGACUAACGGGCAGACCAGCCCCCCCGAGACCCCCCCCAUGAAGGCCCCCCCCGGCCUCCUGCGCCGCAGCUUCAGCUUCAGGCAUUGGACGGGCGGCGAAGUGGAGACCCCCCCCAGCCCUCGCCUGGACCCCCGGCGGCAGAAGAGCCGGACCCUGGAGGUGGGGGCGGUGCUGAACAGGACUCCGGACCCGAGGCCAGAGCCGAGCCGCAGGAACCGGACCCUGGACAACAGCGACCUGUCUGGGGGGGGCUUCCUGCUGCGCGGAGGGGGGGGGCGGUCUAGCGAGAGGCGGCUGGUUCGCUUCUUCAGCGGCAUCUUCAACCGGAGGGAGGGUGGGGGCAGCCCUGCCGGCAGCAGGAGGGGGGGGCAGUCCAGCAACGAGAGCAUGAACGGAGGCAGCAGCGAAGAUGCGUUCGUGAACAGUCAGGAGUGGACGCUGAGCCGGGCCGUACCAGAACUCAAAGUGGGCAUUGUGGGUAACCUAGCCAGUGGUAAGUCGGCGCUGGUGCACAGGUAUCUGACGGGGACGUACGUGCAGGAGGAAUCACCUGAAGCUGACGUGGAUGCAGGCGGGCGCUUCAAGAAGGAGAUCGUGGUGGACGGCCAGAGCCACCUGCUGCUCAUCAGGGACGAAGGAGGCCCCCCGGAGGCUCAGUUCGCUCUUUGGGUGGACGCGGUGAUCUUCGUCUUCAGUCUGGAGGACGAGAACAGCUUCCAGACGGUAUACCACUACUUCAGCCGACUCGCCAACUUCAGGAACGCCGCGGAGCUGCCGCUGGUGCUGGUGGGAACACAAGACGCCAUCAGCUCAGCGAAUCCCCGAGUGAUCGACGACGGCCGGGCGAGGAAACUCUCCAACGACCUGAAGCGCUGCACGUACUAUGAGACCUGCGCAACGUACGGGCUGAACGUGGAGCGCGUCUUCCAGGACGUUGCUCAGAAGAUCGUGGCAUGUAGGAAGAAGCAGCAGCUCUCCAUCGGACCCUGCAAGUCCCUGCCAAACUCCCCCAGUCACACCAGCGUGUGCACGGCCCCUGUGACCGCCGUGCAUGUGAGCCAGACGAGUAAUGGCGGCGGCAGUCUGAGCGACUACUCGUCCUCGGUGCCGUCCACUCCGAGCACGAGUCAGAAGGAGCUCCGUAUCGACGUCCCGGCGACCACCAACACCCCCACCCCCGUCAGGAAGCAGUCCAAGCGCCGCUCCAACCUCUUCACUUCGAGGAAGGCGAGCGAGCCGGAGAAGAAGGGUCUGGAGAAUCGAGCCGACAGCAUCGGCAGCGGGCGAGCCAUCCCCAUCAAACAGGGCAUGCUGCUGAAGCGGAGCGGUAAAUCUCUCAACAAGGAGUGGAAGAAGAAGUACGUGACGCUGUGUGACAACGGACUGCUCACCUACCACCCCAGCCUGCAUGACUAUAUGCAAAACGUGCACGGUAAGGAGAUCGACCUCCUCAGGACGACGGUGAAGGUCCCGGGGAAGCGACCCCCCCGAGCCGUGUCCACCUGUGCCGCCGUGCCGAGCCCCAAAACUAACGGCCUCAACAAGGACAUGAGCGGCCUGCAGCUGGGGGGGGCUCCAGGCUCGGUGUCCAGCAGCUCCUCUGUGUCUCAGAUGGCGAGCGGCGUCAGUCUGGUGUCGUUCUCCGGUCGGGGACUGGAGGGUCAUCAGCGCUCCUACUCCGUCUCCAGCGCCGACCAGUGGACCGACGCCACGGUCAUCGCCAACUCCGGAGUCAGCACAGAUACUGGUCUCGGGGACUCGCUGUGCUCCAGUCCCAGUCUCUCCAGCACCACGUCUCCCAAGAUGGAGCCCCCCCCCUCGCCUCACGCCAACAGGAAGAAGCACCGCAGGAAGAAGAGCACCAGCAACUUCAAAGCUGACGGCCUCUCUGGUACUGCGGAAGAAACGGAGGAGAACUUUGAGUUCACCAUCGUGUCUCUGACGGGGCAGACGUGGCACUUCGAGGCGACGUCCUACGAGGAGCGGGACUCCUGGGUCCAGCUGAUCGAGAGCCAGAUCCUGGCCAGCCUGCAGUCCUGCGAGAGCAGCAAGAACAAGUCCCGUCUCCCCAGUCAGACCGAGGCCAUGGCUCUGCAGAACAUCCGGAGCAUCAGAGGGAACGCCCGCUGUGCAGACUGCAGCGCCCCCAACCCGGACUGGGCCAGCCUGAACCUGGGGGCCCUGAUCUGCAUCGAAUGCUCGGGGAUCCACAGGAACCUGGGCACCCACCUGUCCAGGGUCCGCUCCCUGGACCUGGACGAGUGGCCCCUGGAGCUGAUCCGCGUCAUGACGGCCAUUGGGAACGAGCUGGCCAACAGCCUGUGGGAGGCGGAGCCGGGGGGGCGGCAGAAGCCCUGCCCCGACGCCAGCAGGGAGGAGCGUGAGCGCUGGAUCCGGGCGAAGUACGAGCAGCGGGUGUUCGUGGCAGCGCUGCCCGGCUCCGAGCUGACACUGGGCCAGCAGCUGCUGCGGGCGGCGGCGGAGGAGGACCUGCGCUCUGUGGUGCUGCUGCUCGCUCACGGCUCUCGGCUGCAGGUCAACGAGACAUGUGGGGACGGGGACGGACGCAACGCGCUGCACCUGGCGUCGCGCAAAGGGAAUGUGGUCAUCACGCAGCUGCUACUCUGGUACGGCGUGGACCUGAACGCGAGGGACGCCCACGGGAACAGUGCGAUGGCGUACGCCCGGCAGGCGAGCAGCCAGGAGUGCGUGGACGUGCUGGCUCAGUACGGUUGCCCGGACGAGCGCUACCCACUGAUGGCCACGCCCAACCUGCCGCGCCGCAGCACCAGCCGCAGCACCAGCGCCGCGCUCAUCUGACCCUCGGACUGCGCCCCGGUGCACGCUGGGAAACGCGGUCCACUGGGAGAUGAUCACCUGACUUGUGAAGGCCAAUAGCGGCCCUCCUCAUACCUCAUCACUUCUAAUUUAACACUGCGUGCAGAGACCCCCGCCCCCCCUCUGUGAAGCCUGUGAAAUAUCUCAAUGUUUAAAAUGAUAUCAGACCAGGAGAGGUCAUAGGUCGCAUGUGCUACUCUCUCCCCUCCUUUAAUUUAACCCCCCCUGGAUUGUGUAUAUUGUAUAUCUUGAUGUGCAGUGCUGGACCGAUGGGGGGGGGGGGGGAGUUCUGUUUCUGUAUAAAGUGUACAAAGCUCCCGCCAGGCUCAGGGACCGGACCCCUCCCAGCACCAGGUCUACUGGUUUCACUGGUUUCAAACUCACUGAAGUCCAACAGAUGCACAGGGAGAAGACUUUCUGAACGUCCUCAUCGCCUGAUCUGCGGCUGGACCAUACAUCCGUUAUUAAAGAUAAAGUCAUGCAUGUUUAGGGGCUAGAACAUGCCAGGAACAUGCACCCUGGCUCCUUACAGCCUGUGGAAUCAUUGGAGGGACAGUGGGUCUGGGCUCCGUCGUCCAGAUUUCUUGGGAUUUGUUUCUGUAUUUGUUGGAUGUAUCUGUGUUUCCUGAGCUGUGAGCUUCUGAAACCUGGGUCUGUUUCACUUCCUGGUUGAAUAUUUAAUUUGAACCGUCCCUGAAGUGAUUUUUUUUAACGUGUAAACGAUGGGAUGGAAAAGGAAGCACGGGGCGAUAAGGGAACUGCUUCUUCUUCAGGUGUUUUAUAUAAUCUGCUGUGCUCUCAGAUCACCAUGACGGGACGCUUCAUAUAAUCUGUCUGAAUGUUUCCUCCAGUCCCGUCCAAUCAGCAGGCUCCCUGCUCUGCUCAGCCAAUCACAAAGAAGGGCUUCUUCUCUGGUGUGGAAACCUUGUUGUAAAUAUUCUUUCUCCAUCACUUCAAGACAGGAAGUAGAUACUGUCGACUGAAAGCAGCAGGAAGUGAUUUAUCCUGAAGUGCAUGGACUGAAUGUGUGAAUCUCCUCCAGGACAGGAAGUUAAACCAGUGGUUCCCAGUCUGAGUCAGAGACCAGUUUAAGGUCCAAACCAAGUCUAAAUAUGGUCUCAUUUUGGGAGAAGACCAAGUCCAAACCCGGUCAGUUUUUGACUCAAAACCAGGUCUAAUUUAUUCUACGUUAUGGGAGGAGAGAGAGCCCAAACCAGUACCGAUGUGGUUACGAUUUGAGUCAAACCAAGUGUAAAAUUUGGUCAACUUUUUGGGAAGAACACUCAAUCUGACCGUAGUCAAGUUUGGACUUAAAACCAAGUCUAGAUUUGGUCACAACUUCAGCAAAGACAAAGGGUCAAAAACCAGUUGGGAAAGAGUCCAAAUAUGGUCACAUUUGGGAGAAGACCAAGUCUUGAUGUGGUCCAGUUUUGACUCACAUACGGUUGGAAGCCACUGGUUUAAAGGCUGCCCGUUGCAGGUAAUUCCAGGUGUUGUCACAUGAUGACAGACUGGUAACCCCCCCUGGUUUUGUAUAUCUGACUGACUUCUUCUGGUGGCUGGAUGCGGAACGACUGAACGCUCACCGAUCAGGGAUGAUUUAACCCUCGACUCCUCGCUCUCUGCCCCGUCUCGUCCUCAGAGGUCGAGUAGCUCAACCCGACCGUGUAUACAAGCAAUAUCCAUCUCCACGUGAAUCACCGUGACUCCGUACGCUGCAAUAUCGACACUAACCCCCGAUCUCUGUACAGAUAAACACUAAAACACACUUUCCUUCUUUCGCCUUUCUUUUUCCGCCUGCUCUCUUUGUGCCAUCCAUCGCAGAGUUAGCGUUUAAUCUCCUGGUGAUCGUGAUUUAAUUUAAUGUUUUAUAUCGGACUCAUUUAUUUAUGACAGAAAUGCACUAAUUCUGAUUCAGUCCGUUUCCCGCUGCAGCUUCUCUCUCGAUGUUUUUCUCUUAGCUCUGACGCUAAAGCUAGCUAGCUAACAGCGGGAAACCGUAUAUAACUGCUUUCAACUGCUGAGUAAUGAACAAACUAGCGUAGCUUUCCGUCUGUUAAACGCCAUCGUAGCACAGGUUCUGCUACGUACCAUUGCCAUCGGGACAAUGGGCAAACUUCCGCUAUAUGUUAGCAUGGUGAAGCUAACACCUGUUUUACACGCGCCUUUUUUAUCCUCAAAACGAAACGCGAAAGCCUACAAACAUCCUGUGAAGCUCCAGUUGCAGCUAGCCACCCGCUAGCUAUAUUUACUAGCAUGGAUGCUACGAGCUCGCCGCUAGGAACCAGUGAAGCUGCCCGCGGAGAGCGCUCGUGUCUCCACCUCACGUGUACAUAGAUUCAAACAAAUACACUCGGUAUGGUCAGCGUUAGUUUCCUUUAAGCCCCGCCCACUAGGGCUAACCCCACAUUAUUUAUAAACGCACCCCCCAUUUGUUUUUGUAUAUCCCCCCCCCCAGUCCAUCCAGGUUUUGAUGGUUUUUGUUUAUCCUCCGACUGUUCUAACUAUUCUAAUGUUAUUGUUGUUUUUCUGUACAGCCUGCGGGUGGGAGCAGAGUCUCUACUGUAAUGUGUGUCCUUCCAAUAAAGACCAGAAUAAUGCUUCUUAA